AUGAUGCCGCCGACGUCGCCAAUCUCGCCGCCGUCGGCCGACCUCGUGCGGAGGCUCGGGAGAAUCGAUCAGUUCGGCCCGAAGAGACAGGCAAGCCUGCAGGAGGCGUUCAAAACGGAGGCUGAGCUUUGCAAAGCGACGGAGAAGGACCUGCGCUCAGUCGCCAAGAUCGGGCCGGGGCUGGCAAAGGUGUUGUACGGCGUGAUCGCGACGGGCGAGUUUCCGCCCUCAAAGUGGCGCGGCGAGGCUCGCGUCGCGAUGUGGAACACGCGCACGCAAAAGAAGGUGUCGACGCGGAGCCUUCCGACUGAGGAGGGCGCGGAGGCGUGGCUCGAGAAGCGCCCGCACUGCGAGCGUUAUACGGGCCAGGACAUGACGCUGAGGGGGCCGAACCUCGUGUCCGACGCGAGCGUGAUGGGCGGGGCGGACUACCUCAUGCACUGCGGCCAGGCGGGCUCUGCCGAGGAGCUCGCUCGGCUGGACCAGACGCUCGCAGAGCACAAACUCGCGCGCCGCGUCGUCGCCGUCGCUGCGAGCGGCGGCUCGAGCUCAGCGCCUGCAGCGCCGCCUGGAUCCAGCCUGUUCGACGCCGUCUCGCAGGCCGCGAGGCGGCUCGAGCAAGAGAUCUCGCAGAACGAGAUUCAGAGCGCCGCCAUAUCGGCGGUGUCGCGGCGCUGCGUCGACCCGCUCACCGAGCGCGCGCAGCGCAAGUCGCCGAGCCGGAAGAACGUCCUGCUCGUCAACCCGAAGCACAUGCCUCGCACCGUCGAGCCGCUCCGCCUCGCCGAGUUUGGGGGCUCGUACCACGCGCUGGUGCCGGACGACGAGGCGGCGGCAGCGGCGGAGCCGGCCGAGGCCGUCGUGUCGUCCGACCCGGAGGUGCUCGCCGACGCGGAGGAAGCGCUUCUCGCCGCCGACGAGACGCAGCUCCCUGACCUUAAGGACGACCUCGAGACGAGCCUCAAGGACACGGAGAACAUCCCGGAGAAGCUCGACCUCUCUUCCUACUCCGAGCCGCUCGAAGGCUACCGGCGCCGCCUCGUGGACGGCGCAGGCCUCGACGCGGUGUGCCUCGGCGACAACGGCGUCGGCAAGAGCACGCUCGUCGACGUCGCCAUCUACAACACGCUCGAGGACGACAACGCGUACAAGCCGCGCCUCGACCAGGGCUACGUGCUCGAGGCGGUCAACAAGUUGUUCUCCACCGCCGAGGCCGACCCGCCGACUCUCGCGCAGCUCAUCGCCGACAAGACAUUGCUGUCUUCCAAGGGCACCGAGGUCGUGGUUCUCGAACACGACGACGCGGCGGCGGCAGAGGCGGGCGCCGACAUCGCGCAGCUGGAGAACGACUUCCGCUCGUACGCCGAGAGCCCCGGGCACAUGCGGCCGAGCUUCAAGAAGGCGCACUUCCUGCUGCCGACGGGCCGUGACGACCACGCCACCACCGCGAUCCACACGUUUGUGCGCUACGGCGGCGGCGUGCACAUGCUCGUGAGCAAGUACACCGUUGCCGAGCUGAAGCAGCAGGCGUUCUUGUUCGUGGCGAUCCGGCGCGAGCUCGGCGACGACGACCCCGAGGACAUCGAGAACGAGAAGCAGAAGGACGAGCUCAAGGAGGCGUGGCACACGUUCCUCAAGGUGACGCAGGGCCAGACAACCGAUCUGCCAGAGCUGUCGGACGAGCUGCCGGCGGCCGACGAGCUGCCCGAAAGCUGGAGCGAGGUCAAGGUCUGCGACGCGGUGCUCAAGCUGACGAGCUCGCCCCACACGCUGUACUGCGGCGAGGGCCGGUCUCUGCACCACGACCGCAAGCAGAUCCACGAGGUGCUCGAGACGAUGAACGAUGAUGAGCGGCUCGAGCGGGUGGUCGCGAAGACGGUUGAGCUCUUCGUCCCCGCGGCGGUCCUCGAGGGCGGCUGUGGCUUCAUCGACCUGCCCGGGAACAACGACGCCGACCCAGGCAGCAUGCGCCAGAUCCGGGAGGGCAUCGAACGAGCGGGCGCCGUCUUCGUCGUGCUCAAGCGGGACAUCGCGGGCGACAACAACACGGUCAAGCUCCUGAAGGACAGCGGCCUGCUGGCCCGCGCGCUGCAUGCCGACGAGCCGCUCAAGCUCGUCUUCCUCUUCAACCGCGAGCUCAGCCAGCAGCUGAAGAUCUCGGACAUCGACACGGAGGCGGAGGCCGAGACGCGACGGGCGCUCGAGGAGAACACGCGCAAGAAGUUCAAGAAGAUGCUGAGCGACGUGAACAGGUCCGCUCAGAAUCGGCAGGAGCCAGCGCGGACCGAGGAGGAGAUCGCGCAGAUCGUGGCGAGCACGCCGAUGCGCGCCAUCUACCCGAUGUCGCACACAGCAUGCAAGCUGCAUACCGAGUUCGUCGAGAAGAACGCGGACAACAAGGCACUAGCCGAGGGCGUCUUCUCCCACUCCAACAUGUACUGGUUCUCGGGCGUGCUCGACGCGCUCAACCGCGACUACUACGUCCGAGAGCUCGGCCGCCUCGUGACGAAGACGAUCCCCGAACUGCUGCAGAAGCUUCAGAGCGGCCUCGACGAUGCGGCUCACACGGACGCGGGCCUGCCGUCGAAGCUCGUGGAGAUGGCGCAGUCCUGGCUCAAGGGCGCGAACCGGCUCACGGGACCGUUUGGGACUCUUGUGGAAGACUUGAGGGAAAAGCUGCGCAAGCUCGACACCACGGGCCGCAUUGACACCGCCCUCUUCCCUCGCCGCACCCCCGUUGGCUUCGAGCUCACGGAGCAGUCGCCCCCCUUGUCGCCAUCCCCGCCACCCUUUGGCGAAGGGUACCGCAGCAAGAUCGAAAAUCUCGUCGCUAACUUUGUCGAGGAGGGGGAGGCGAUCGCGGACUUCCUCGCAAGGGCGGAGGAGCGGUCGUCGCAGUCGUGGCCGACGCUAAAGAACAGCCUAAGGCACUACUCGACGGCGAUGAUGGCGAUCGACCCGAAGCACAACGGGCUCCUCAAGGGCAAAGAGAUCCUGCCGGUUGUGUUCGGCUCGCGCAGCCUUGUGCGGGUCGACUUCUCGCAGCUCGCUAAUGACGAGCCCGAGUCGAUCUUGCACGACUUCCUGCAGGACUUCAAGGAGCUCGUGAUCGACUUGCUCGUCUCCUCCGUCGACCAGGCGCUGCAGGUGAACGGCGUCGACACGCAAGAUGUCGUCGUCGAGACCCUCAAGGAGAGCUUCAUGACCUGCGACGUCCACGCGCUGCUCGACGAGCGUUUCUCGAUCAAGUGCUUCUUCAUGCCUAAGCGUUCGCCGCCCGUCGACCUGCAGAACGGCGACGUUGCGGCGUAUUUCAACAAGCUCGCGGCGAAAGAGCGCGUCACGGCGCUGCGCGACAAGGUGCUCAAGAAGGCGACGGAUCAAUCAAGCCUCGGCGAGGUGCACGCCCUCAUCGAGAACAACCUGGAGACGACGCGCGAGGCGUGGAGGCACCAGCUCGCAACGACGCUGUCCAAGUUCACGGUCACGCAGUUCGGCUUGCUGAUGGCCGACCUGACUGAGGGCCGCAAGCGCAUGGGCGGCGGCCUGAUCAAGCAGUUGCUCCGCGCCUUCCUCCAGCACAUCGUGCAGACGGACCAGAUGAAGUCGAAUGCGGCGCUGCGGCGCGAACUCUCGCGCUACAUCAACGACUUCCGCCGCCAAAACGCGGCGCUGCACUCGCUCUGGACGCGGCUCGAGAAGCAGUCCGAUCCCGAGGAGCUCGGCAGGGCGGCGGCGCGGCACGUUGACAUGCGGCGGCUGCGCGAGGCUGUCGUGCGCCAGGCCGGGAGUGGCGCCAACCUUGGCAGUCCGGCGCAGAAGAUGCCGGCGCUCUCGCUCGUGCGCGAGGACGCGCCGAAGUGGUGGCAUCCUUCCGAGAACUUCUUGCGCGGCGACAUGUCCGUCGCCCAGCUCAACGCGCUGAGCGCCGAGAUGCUCUCCAAGUACCGGCUCGGCGCGUGCCAGAUGAAGACGGAGGGGUACGCCUCACUCUUCCACGCCGUCGCGAAGCUCGCGUGGGGUCAGAAGUCGCUGAAGAGCCGCCUCCUGACCUUGAACGACGCGGCGGCGCAGCUGCGAGCCGUCUGCGCGGCCCAGGUCCUGAAUUACUGCGCCAAGAAGGAAGAGCGCAACGCAAAGGUCGCCGGCUUCCUGCACGAGGCCCCGGCGUCGGACUGGAAGGAGCAGUACAUCGCGCUCAUCAAGGGCAACUACCCUGGUGACCUCUUCUGCCUGUGGCACCUCGCGUGCCACUACAAGCUCGACUUCUGCAUCUGGCGCCCGAGCGCCGAGAAGCUGCCGCCGAUCCUUGUGACGCAGCGCGACAAGGAGUUGCCGACGGCGGCGCACCAUCUCAUCGUCACCGCCGACUCGGACAAGGCUGACGGCACGCCGAUUGACCUCUCGACCAUCACCCCGUCCGAGUACGAGGCGCAGUGGUGGUUCUUUGCCGACGACCGCAAGGUGCGCUUCAGCGACGCCAAGGGAAAGGUCCACCUCCUCGCCACGACCGACGACGAGGCCGAGGCGUCGACCAAGGCCCGCCUCGCUGUCCCGAGAUCGACCGACGGCGUGGAGUGGACGUCUCCGUCGAGCUACCGCAUCACGGCGGAUGUGCCCCCCCCGCGCCCGACCGGAGCCGAGAUCCACCACCGACCGGAGCAGCCAACGGAGGCGGAGAGGGCUUGGAAGAAGGCGCGCCGCUGAAGCGAGUCAACCCGAGGCGCGGUUUGCGCAGACAGAUCCGUGUAGGUUUGGGGGUUGCCAUCGCGUCAGAGCGGUUGUUGUGUGUGUACUGUCUACUGCAAGAUUGUGUUGGAGAGCGGCGCGCGCGGAGCACACUGGGAAAGUCGUGAAUUCAUUAGGCGGCUCCCGCGUGUGGUCGGUACCUCUGUGUUACAGUGUUGGUUUUUACGC